AUGAGUAAAUUAACCUCAACUCCGCCACUUGUCGAUCUCAACCCUGCAAAGAGUGUUCACGAAGUCGAAAUACAUCUUCACGAGCCACUGAUUCAAAGACCUGGAUCACGCAAGAAGCGAAUCGGGUUUCAAAUUCUUAAUGCCCUGGCGAGGCUAGAGAUAUUGUUGACCAAAGAAGAGGCAUUGGCAAGUGCUGUCGAUAGUGUCAAGUUUUUGGACCAGCAACGAUAUAAUCACUCUGAAAUCGAAUCGGUAAUAUCCGUCAUUCAGAAGUCGCUUGUUCAAUUUGAUGAAGAUGGUCUACUCAAAAAGGAUACUCAGGCUUACAUGUCUGAACUAGGACUUGCCGCAUUUUUUCCAAAAUCAUCCAAAAGAUUGGUCGUCUCUAUGAUGGGGUCUACUAAUGAAUUUCGGGCUCAUUUGCACGAAAUGACUAUCGUUAAUCAACUUGUCUCGAUGGCAUUACAACUCCAACAAGAUAUAAAUUUGACAAAUCAUAAAUACAUGGCCCAUCAAUUAGCGCUCCUGUAUCAAUGCUUAAAUCAAGCAAGUGAACCAUUUCUCAAAUACAAAUCACGCGUAGAAAUACACUUUGAUGCUAUUAAAACAUUGACUAAUAGCUCGGAUGAGCCUGUAUUAACCAAAGAUCAUAAAGAAUGGUUGUCUCAAUUGACUGCAGAUAUCGUGACAGAGGCUCUUUUCAGCGGAAGGUCGGUGUCAACAGCUUCGCGGCCACUGGCAACGUAUCUUACCGCACUCGAUCAAACAGCAGCGCAUCAAUAA